AUGGAUAUUGGCACCAAUCAUGUUAUCCCGGUGCGCGUCCCACGACCGAUACGUGAGGAGACCGAGAAGCCGCCUUCACACCUUCAGCAGAUACUGGGUACCCUCAGACCGUCCAAACCAGUGGCGCGAGUCGUACCACAGACGGGAAAGUGGUACAUGACGACCACACAUAAUGGCGAUGCCAGCCAUGGCUUCUGUCAGACCUGCCACGAACAAUUCUUCCCAGCCUCCCAUCUCAUCCUCGACCCGGAAGCCAGGUCAAUUGCAGAAUCCUUCGCGAAGAACAUCACUCAGAACCGGAUCCAUUUGUCGGCGACGAUAGAGGACCAUGGCAAUCAAAUCUACAGAAAGUGGAAGAACUUUGGCGCCAAAAAGCGACACGACGCGUUGAACCACGUAACCGAAUUGAUCGAAAAGGACUCGGGGUUCAUCGUUUUGCCGACUUCGAGCAGACCAAAGGCGAGCACUGGCUCAGGCUGCUUAUCACCCGCCUCGCAGCAUUUCAUCACGCCCGUGUGUCCUAUCAAAUACGUAGCAUUCGUCGACAGCUGGUUCAUGCCGCGCAUGAAUAAGGAAGAUCUUUCGACCGACCCAUCGUGGCUCGCCGUGAGCGUGCAACAAGCCAUAAAUGCAAAUGCAUUCAGUCUGCCGAGCCAGCACGCAGAGACUGUGAGGCUGCUUGAGGCACACGACGUCCUUCCGGCAUUGUACAACCCGAACGAUGCCAAAUUUGGAGAGCUUGUACCAUGGAGUCGCGACGAUGCUCACACUCAGAAGGCGGUAGGAUUCACCAGAGCUCAUCUUAUCCUAGUUGCGGAAGACAGAUGCCUUGCCUGCUUCGCCGAAUCGAAACUUCACGGGUUAAAGAGGCAGGAGAAGUUUGCGAUUGACAUUUCGCGUGAGGGUCAUAAUGAAUGGGACGCAAGAGUACAUGAUACAGUUGAACGUGAUCCGUUCGAGACGCGAAGUGACCCCGAUGUCGAGAAGGUGGUCAGCCUUUUGCAGGAUUGCUACGACCAAGCGUACGACUACCUGGGCCUCCUGCAAACGGAUCCUCGAUUCAUGCAGUACGAAUGCAAGAAGAUCAUACAGAGCCCGGUGAUCAAGCGACUGCCCUUCGGAAAGCAGUGCGGCAUCGCAUUGGACGAGAUUUUCAUUGCGCCGUUACGAUAUGAGCUCUAUUGGAACGAGUUGGUCUCACAGGCCACCGACUCGGCCGGAAUGUGGAAGCUGUCCCUCGGGACGACAAAUCCCGUCUGCCAUGCACUAUCAAAUCACAUGAGUAGCAGAUUAAGAGACCUUAUGGAUCUGAUCCUUGCCACGAUGAUUUGUGAGCUCCGAGCCAUGCUGCCAUUUAAGAAGGCUUUCGAGGAGCAUUUCGACAUCAAAAUGACAUCCGGGGGACAAAUGAGAAUCCUCAAAGCUACCUCGGGUGUCUAUCGCGAGUCUAGUGACAAUCUUUUCUGGGCGCUACACUAG